AUGGCUUGCAGGUGGCCAUCAAACGCGUGGCCCGGGAGAGCGUCCUGCAGUGGGACGAGCUGGUGCGUGAGCGGGGCCAGCGGGACAGAGAGGGCCGGGGCGGGCAGGGAUAAGGCCGGGGCCUGGGCAGUGGCAGGCGGGGGAUGGCGGGGGGAGCGGGCGUGGGCUCAGCGUUCCAGCCGGGGCAUGGCGGGCCUGGCGGUGCCAGAGACCGGUGGUGGGGCCGGGCAGGGGGCACCUCCCAAGCACGAAGCCCAAGCAGCUAGGAGGCUGCCCGGGGUCGGGCACUGGGUCAUGCCAGGCAGGGAGGGGGCAGCGCAGCCACAGGGCAGCAUCAGGCCUGCUGGAGGCAUUGUCUUCUCCUCACAGCCCGACGGCACCCGUGUGCCCAUGGAGGUCGUGCUGAUGGAGAAGGUGGGCUCUGGUUGCCACUACGUCAUCCAGCUCCUCGACUGGUUUGAGCUGCCUGACAGCUUCCUGCUGGUCAUGGAGCGUCCGGAGGCAUCGCGGGAUCUCCUGCAGCUCCUGCUGGAGCACGAGGUCCUGAGCGAGGAGAUGGCGCGCUGGCUUUUCCGCCAGGUGCUGGAGGCCGUGCGGCACUGCACCGCCUGCGGCGUCCUGCACCGCGACAUCAAGCCCCAAAAUCUCCUCGUGAACCCGGAGAGUGGCGACCUGAAGCUCAUCGACUUCGGUUGUGGCACCUUCCUCCAGGAGCGGCCCUACACACAAUUUGCCGGAACACACGUGUACAGCCCACCCGAGUGGAUCGCCUGUGGCUGCUACUACGGCCAUUCGGCAACCAUCUGGUCCCUGGGCGUGCUGCUGUACGUCAUGGUCUGCGGGAACCUCCCAUUCUGCAAGGACCAUGACAUCGUGUCGGGGCAGCUCUUCUUUGGGCACCAGGUCUCUCCAGCGUGUGAAGAUCUGAUCCGCUGGUGUUUGGCCAAGCACCCCGCGGACAGGCCGGAGCUGGAGGACAUCUUGUGCCACCCUUGGGUGCGGGGCGGGCGUUUCUGAUGCCUUGCCCGAACCUCUGCAG